AUGCCAGAGGGUACCGUUUACCGCCAAUGGACCAUUUCAAAACUCAAGGAAAUUGCCGCCAAGCUCGUCAAGGACGGCACCUUUCCACGAUUCCACGUCUUUGAAGAUCAGCUCUCCUUUGACAUUUACCAGUGUCUUUUGGCGGCGGCUUGCACCAACCCAAUUUGUCAACUGAAAUGCGAGUACCUGCAAGAACUCGAGAGCAACAUCUGCAUGUACGAAAACAACUUUCGCAUAAUGCCCGACGAUUUGAAGUACUUUAUGCAUGAUUAUGAGCCUCGCCUGCCCAGCCUUACCGAUGAGGACGUCAAGGAAGUUUGCAAAGUUGCUGCCGACGCACUUGCCAAAGAAAUGAAACUCGAAGACAACAAGGAAGACAAAGAGUCCGAGUAA